AUGAUGAAAGACAACAAUCUGGUACGCCAUUUGGACGCUUGUGAGACAAUGGGUAACGCGACGGCGAUUUGCUCGGAUAAGACCGGAACGUUAACCACAAAUCGAAUGACCUGUGUGCAACAAUAUAUCAACGGCAGUUUUUACAAAACUCAACCACCAACGUACGCUGGCCUCGAUAGGAGAACUCGUGAAUUACUGAUAAAUGGCAUUGCAAUCAACUCUGGUUAUAACUCACAAGUACUUCCACCACCAAAGUCGGGAGAGCAGCGGCAACAGGUCGGUAACAAGACCGAAUGCGCACUGCUUGGCUUUAUUCUCGAUAUGGGUAAGAGCUAUGAAGAAAUCCGAGCCAGAUAUCCAGAAGAGACUUUAUUCAAGGUUUACACUUUUAACUCCUCCCGUAAAUCCAUGAUGACAGUCAUCCAGUUGGAGAGUGGUGUUUACAGAAUUUACGCCAAGGGCGCAUCGGAAAUCAUUCUAUCUAGAUGCUCCUUUAUACUCGGAGAAGAAGGAGAGAUCAAACCCUUCGCUGCCGCUCAAGCUGCUGAGUUAACAAAAGAAGUCAUUGAGCCCAUGGCUUCUGAUGGCCUUAGGACAAUCGGUUUGGCUUAUAAGGACAUGGUUCCUAUGGGCUUCAAGAAAGAAGACAACCAGGUCGAGUAUAUUGGAGAAAUUGACUGGGAGGAUGAAGAAACAAUUCGAAAUGGUAUGACUGCGAUCGCCAUUAUGGGCAUUCAAGAUCCUGUGCGUCCAGAGGUAAGCACGAGAAAAUUCGUUGGUAUAAGCAGAUAA